GCCUGAAAAUAUGGAAGAAGAACCCCCAGUUACUCAAGUAAUUGCUAUUGAACCAUUAGCUUUUGUUGUUCCUGAUGCUGAGGAGGAGGCUGUCCUCAAUGACAUAUGGAAGGGUAAAAUUACUGGUAGUGGUGUUUCUUACAAUCCUUUUAGAAAGGGUCAAUCAAUGGAUGAUGUCACAGAAACUGGGGAUACAGAGCCCAACAAUCCAAAGCAGGGUGCUCCCUCUGCUGAUGUCACUGAAGAGGCAGCUGAUAGGUUACUGAAAACUUCAAAAGGUGUUGAAGAAGCCAAUGCCUAUAGCUUUUCUUAUGAGAAUGGUGUCAAGGUCAAGUUGGAUGGUGGAGAUAAUCAUGAAGGACAGAAAGAGAAAGUUUCUGAAUCUAUUCCUGCAGAUGAAAGAUUGUUGACCAGGAAGAGAACUGUCAAAGACUGCUUGAAAGUCAUUAGUGGGUCUAAAUCUGAUACUUCUGAGGUCAGCUUACCAGAAUCUGGAGUAACCAGGGCCACUGUCUUUGAGAACAUCCAACAACAUGUUGCCUUUGAUGUCAGUUCAAAGGUUCCUGGUGAUUCAAAUUCCCGAUUUGCAAAGUCCUCUUCAGAAAUCUAUUGGAACAACCUUCUGGGAAGGGUUACCCCACCUGAGGAGUUGAGUUUGUAUUAUCGUGAUCCACAGGGCGAAGUCCAGGGGCCAUUUCUUGGAGCUGACAUCAUCUCAUGGUUUGACCAGGGAUUUUUUGGAACUGACUUGCCAGUUCGGUUGGAAGAUGCCCCUGAAGAUUCACCUUUCUUUGAACUGGGUGACAUAAUGCCGCAUUUGAAAUUUGAACAUGAGUAUGUUGGUAACAUCAAUCUUCCUCAGGUAGAACCAUCUGCUGUACUAGAGGGGAAGCUGGACUCUGGUUUACAUUGCUCAGCUUCUGUUUCUGAGAUGGUUGGUUCUGCUGCCCUGGAUGGCUUGAGCUGGCCGACAUCUGAUUUUGAUGGCCACAAUGGCCUUGGUGGACAUCUUAAUCAGUCAGUACCUGAUCAUCCAGCUCGUCAAUUUAAACCGCCUUAUUUACAAAAUGAAGAGUUUCAUGAUUUCGUUGCUCAAGACGAAGAAAUUGUGUUUCCAGGAAGACCUGGAAGCAGUGGCAAUCCUAUUGGAAAAACUUCAACGGGACCUACUGAUCCUUCAAAUAUGCACCGUGCAAUUCCAAACGCAAUGACCGGGGGCCGAGUUCCAAAUCAGGAAGAGGAAGAGCCACUGCACCCACUUGGUUUAUUAUGGUCAGAGCUUGAAGGCACUUCAGGAAAGAGUGGUCCUAUCUCAGAUGUUCCAUUUAGUGGAGGUGGCCAGGAUCAGAUUCUAAACCCUGUUGCUGCAAGGGUUGCGCCGUUUGGUGCUAAGACGGAACCAGCCUCUACUGUAGAGACAUGGACUGAUGCUUAUAGAAGAAAUGCUCUAUUAGAACCCAACUUAUAUCAAGAUGCUACAGAUGCCAGCCACUUGUUGCACAGGGACCACGAACUGAACCGGUUUGAGUUGGCAGAUAAGCUGUUCUCCCAACAACUUCAACAACAGCAUCCUAAUAGUUUGAUGUCUUCUCAUAAUAGUCAUUUAAAUGAAGCAAUGCUGGAACAAGGGGCAAAUUAUAAUUCAAUACACCAACCGCAGAUGACGAGUCAGACUGGACAGGACUUGGAACACUUUAUGGCUCUUCAGCUGCAGCAGAAGCAGCAGCAGCAGAGACAGUUACAGCUUCAACAACAACAACUGCAACAACAGCAACAGUUCCAUCAACAGCAAAUGCUAAUGAAAGAACAACAGUCCCAUGCUAGACAGCUGCUUCUUGAACAAUUAUUGCAGAGUCAAAUAUGUGAUUCAAGUCUUGCACAAUCACGUCUUGGUUCUAUUAGGCAUAACAGUGCUCUGGAGCAGGUGUUGAUUAAACAGCAAAUUCUGAGUGAACUGCAACAGCGUUCACAUCUCCCUCCAAGACAUGCUGAACCAUCUAUUGAGCAUCUCAUUCAAGCAAAAUUUGGUCAAAUACCGCGUCAAGGGCAUCAAAAUGAUUUGAUGGAGCUCCUAUCUCGGGCAAAGCAUGGACAACUGCACCCUGUGGAGCAUCAAAUCCUUCAACAGGAACAAGUGCAUGAGAGGCUAAGGCAACGUUUGGAAAUGGAGGAAGAUAGACAGAUUGGUUCUGUCUGGCAUGUAGAUGAAACUGGUCAGUUUCUCCGAAAUCCAGCUGUUGCUCGUCGAGCCAACUCUGGAUUUGGCCCAUUAGAUAUUUACCAACAGCAACAGAUACCCCUUCCUGAAGAGCAUGUCAGUCAUCUGGAAAGGAAUUUGUCAGUGCAGGAUAGACUUCAGCGGGGUCUCUAUGACUCUGGAUUACUGCCUUUAGAACGUACAAUGUCAGUACCUGGUGGUGGUCCUGGUGUUAAUUUGGACGCUGUAAAUCCUCUAUUGCGUGCACAAGGUUUAGAAAUGCAAGAUCCAAAUUCAAGAAUGCAAUCAGCUGGUCAUAUGCCUGGGUUCUCGACUGGAACCCACGCGCAAUCUCCUCACCAUCCUUUGUUUUCCAAUCAAUUUCAUGCUCCGAAUGCAGAUACAAUUGAAAAUCAUUGGCCUGAAAGAAAUGGUCAGUUACCAGUUGAUUGGAUGGAAACUCGGAUGCAGCAACUGCAUCUUAAUGGUGAGAUGCAAAGAAGGGAUUUUGAUGUCAAAAGGGCUUCUGAAGAUCAAAGUAUGUGGAUGUCAGCUGGUGCUAGCGAUGACAGUUCAAAGCGAUUACUUAUGGAGCUGCUCCAGCAAAAAUCUGGCCAGCAGUCAACUGAGAAAGCAGAAAUGACCAGGGGGAUUUUGUUUGAGAGGGGCUUUCACUCUGGUCAGUUUUCUGGGACAAAUGCUUCAAACUGUUCGUUCAACCCUCUUUUGGACCAGGAUACGAGUCUAAACCAAGCCUUUAGUGUUGGAUCAUAUGGUUCUAAUUCAGGUUUGCCACCACAGAGAGAUCAUGUAGAUGAGAUUGCCAGUGGUCUUGAUGUUGGUGAGAAAUUGCCCUACAAAUCUCAUUCUGGAGCUUUAGCUGAAGUUGAACCUGUCUUUUCCAGCAUCAAUGAUGCCUCUCAGGUGUAUCUUGAAGCUCGAGAAAGUAUCGGUGGGCAAGCUGGUGUGAUGACUGUAGAGGGGGAAAUGCCAGUUAACUUGCUUAGCAGGCACAGUUCACUUGGGACUGGAGGUGGAAAUCUUGACUUCUACAAUGACAAGAGUGAUAGAGGGGAUUCGGUUGCGGAGGAAAUUCCGAAGGAACGGAUGAUGACUGUGACAUCAAAAAGGCUGGAUAAUAUCUUGCUGAAGCGUCCACCUGUCUUACGAGUUUCUUCGACACAGGAGAGUCUAUCUGAGCUAACUUCUGAUACCCUUGUGAAAAGCAAAAAUCCUUCAGAUGCCAUGGCUUCUGAAAGGGACAAGAGGGAAGCGGGAGGUAAUGCAGCAAAUCAAGUCCGUGACACCGUGACAUCUGGAAAGAAAGAUGUGCGCUUCCGACGUACUGCAUCUUGUGGUGAUGCUGAUGUUUCAGAGACAUCAUUCAGUGACAUGCUUAAGAGUAACGCAAAGAAGCCAACAGCUCAGGAGGCACAUGCAUCAGAGGCAUUGGAUGGAACACAAUGUGCCCGUAGUGGUAAGAAGAAAGGAAAGAAAGGAAGGCAGAUUGAUCCUGCUCUUCUUGGAUUCAAGGUUACAAGCAAUCGCAUCAUGAUGGGUGAGAUACAAAGGAUAGAAGAUUAGUGGUUGUACAGUUGUAACUUGUUAGUUUCCCAAUUUCUUCUGCUGUACAGAUUCGAGUCAUCUGUAAAAUUUUCCGGUCACAUUCUUUUGUUUUACUCCAUCCCAUUUUCUGUAGGGAUGGCUGUUGAGAUAUAGCUAGCGUUAGGUAGUAUAGCCAGUUAGUUGGGAUAAAGAUAGGAAAGAGCUUGUAUAGAUUGAUUGGAUCUUUAUAGAUACCAGCUAUCAAGUAGAGCACAGGCAACCUAACAGAGAGAAAUGUUUUCGUUUUUGUUUCUUCC